CAGAGAGACGGGGCCAUAAGCGGCCAUUGAGGGCAGCCUGGGUGCCGGUGAGCACCCCCUCCCCCAUCUGCUCGGUGUGUGGGCUGAGCUUCGACGGGCUUACCCUCAAUGGAGGGGCACAAGACGAAGAAGCGUUAUGAGUGCGACGUGUGUGGCAAGGCCUGUCUGACCCCAGGCCUGCUGGAGACCCACCGGCGGAUGCACACGGGAGAACGCCCCUUCGACUGCUCGGAGUGCGGCAAGAACUUUAAAUGCUCCGACAACCUGCAGAAGCACAGCCUCGUGCACUCCGACAAGAGGCCCUUCACCUGCUCCGACUGUGGCAAAGGCUUCAAGUCGUCCACACAGCUGAAGUUGCACAGACGCGUGCACACCGGGGAGCGGCCCUACACCUGCAGCGACUGCGGCCAGGGCUUCAGCCAGUCCGGCAACCUGCUGGAGCACAAGCGCACCCACACCGGCGAGCGCCCCUACACCUGCGCCCAGUGCGGCAAGGGCUUCCCCCGCUCAAGCAGCCUGAUGGAGCACCAGCUCACCCACACCGGCGAGCGGCCCUUCACCUGCAGCGAGUGCGGCAAGGGUUUCACCCGCUCCACCCGGCUGCGAAGGCACCAGCGCACCCACACCGGCGAGCGCCCCUACAUCUGCACCCAGUGCGGCAAGGGAUUUACCCGCUCCGACCACCUGCUGUCCCACCAGCGCACGCACACCGACGAGCGCCCCUACGUCUGCACCCAGUGCGGCAAGGGGUACACCCACCCCAGCAACCUGCUGUUCCACCAGCGCUCCCACACUGGAGAGCGACCCUACACUUGCGCCCAGUGUGGCAAGAGCUUCACCCGCUCCACCAGCUUGCUGUACCACCAGCGCAUCCACACUGAUGAGCGCCCCUACACCUGUACCCAAUGCGGCAAGGGCUUCACCAGCUCCACCCAGCUGCGGGGCCACCAGCGCAUCCACACUGGCGAGCGUCCCUACACCUGUACCCAGUGCGGCAAGGGCUUCACCAGUUCCACCCAGCUGCUGGCCCACCAGCGGUUGCACGCCGGCGACCGUCCCUUCCCCAGACCGGAGUGUGGAGAGAGCUUUGCCAUGGCCUCCCAUGCCCUGUCUCACGAGCGCGUGCACACCAGUGGCCAACCCUACGACUGCCCGUACUGCGGUGAGGCGUUUGACAGCUCGCGGGGGUUGCGGCAGCACUGGUGGACUCAUGCCGGCGAGCAGCUGUUCCCACUGUGACAAGCGUUUCAAGAGCGCACGGGGGCUGCGUGAGUACCAGCAGAUACACACCGGAGAGAGACCCUUUGUGUACGCUGAGUGUGACAAGGGUUUCACCUGCAUGUCCAGCCUGCCUUCUCUCCAUACCCCCUGAUCCCCUUAGUGACAAGGGCCACAUCUAACUCCCUCUUAAAUAUAGCCAAUGAACUGGCCUCAACUACCUUCUGUGGCAGGGAAUUCCAGAGAUUCACCACUCUCUGUGUGAAAAAUGUUUAUCUCAUCUCAGUCCUAAAAGACUUCCCCCUUAUCCUUAAACUGUGACCUUCUCUCAAGACACACAGUCCCUCUUUCUCACACACUCCCUCUCUUGCUCUCUCACGCACGCACUCUCUCACACACACAUUCUCACACAUACUCUUUCUCACACACACACACUCUCCUUGUAUCUAGACUAGGCGUGCAUUUUACCCUACAUGC